AUGUUAUUUCGUGGGGUGUAUUUCGGUAAGGGUGGCCGGACUAUCUUACAAAUAUUAUCCCGUCAACUGUCCCGUAAGGCCAAUCCGGGGUUAAACUAUCAAAUAUCUGCCAUCGAAGAUGUUAUGAAGGAUAUUGAAAAUAAUCCUGAAGGAUUUGGAGAUUUGGAGUCCGAUUUAUCUAACGUUCACAAAUUGCACAAAGAAUAUGAGCAAGAAGAAAAAUUAAAGAAGGACAUGGUAAGAAAAUACGUGGUAAAAUCCAAAUAUUUUCGUGAUCAGAAAUAUCCAAAUUUCUUAACAUAUGCCGAGAAGGAAAACAUUCGGCUUUUACAUAAUAAGAACCCCGAGCAAUGGUCUAUUGAAGUAUUAUCAGAAAGCUUCCCAGCAAAUAGCGAUGCAAUUAAAAAGAUACUAAAGGCAGAUUGGAAACCAAGGUCAGUUUCGGCCCACGAUGCUGCUGUAUUCCGUAAUUGGGAGAAAUUAAGAAAAGGUGAAAUCAAGCUACCAGCCGAUUUGGAACAUCAUUUAAAGAAAUUUUGUAAUAGAAAAUUAAUAACAUCAACACAUUUGCCUGAAUCGAGCAGCAUGCUUGUGACAAGAACGGAAGUCCGAACGCCUUCAUCAACGGAGUUUUCGUCAAUUGUAAUGGGAAAAGGUACAAAAUCUAUACCAGUUAAAAAUAGAACAAGGCAAUGCGUUGACGAAAUCGAUGAUGAGACUUUCCUACUUGAUAAAGUUGCCAUCAAAAAGCAUAUGAGGGCAUCUGAUAUCAAAGAAAUACGCGGGGUUGAGAUUUUGUCAAAUCCAGAUACCUUAGAUCUUGGCAAAGACGUGACUAAAAACACGUCUCAGACCUCCACUAAUAUGAACAACAGGGUAUAUGAUAUCAAAGACAUGCACGGUCAUAAUACUUUGUCAAAUCCGGGUACCUCCAAUUUUGACAUAACUAAAAACUCAUCUCAGACCUCCAAUGAUAUGAAUAACGUUGAUUCCCCGUCCUUAGCUGAUAAAUUUACUUCUACCGAAGUUGAAGUUUGCGACGCAGAUAAGAAAAGAUUUGAGAUGUCGAGAGUAAAGCCUAAAAUACAUAUACCCCGAAAAUUAUAUCGUAAAGGAGCCACUUAUCGGGUUGAUGAUACUUAUUACGACGACGACGGUGAAUUUCUUUAUCGUGUACCUGGUAUGAUGGGUUUCACACCCAACUAA